AGUAAAUCGCAUCGUCUCUUAAUUCAAGCAUAUCUUCACUAUGAAAAGUUUCAUUUUGUUCAUCUCCUGCUUGAUGGUAAUUGAUGUAUUCGUAGAAAGUAAAGAUGGCUUCCCACUUGAUAGCAAUGGUUGCAAAAUUAGCUGCGAUAAUAACGAUUAUUGUGAAACUCUGUGCAAGUCAAAAAAGGCAAACACAGGCUAUUGCACUUCAUCGGUGAUGAAAUGUUAUUGCGAAGGUCUUCCAUCAGAUGUUGACGCCUCGGACGACCCUACUGAAGAUUGCAACUAAAUGUAGAGAAAAGCUAUUGAUU